UGAAAUAUGCUUGGAAAGACUUCUCUGCAAGGUAUUCUAAUCCCAGUCUUUAUAGUUCUCAUUUCUUUUGGGUUCAAAGGAGGAGAGGCUUGUGAUUCAUCGAGAUGCUGUUGCGUCGACAGUGCCACUAUCACGCAGUCAGGUAACGUUGUCACGAUACAAGUUCGCGUGUUCGGUUCUUGCCCCGGUUCCACAACAUUCUCGGUGACAUGUAUUGCUUACGGCAACACUUUGUGUUUUGACAAUCUCCUCAACCCUUCUCUGGGUAUCUAUAAAAGCGGCAAAAUUGUAUACUAUGGCCUAGACUUCGACAGCGACAUCUGUGACGCACGAUUGAAGUGUCAAUCUGGAUCGUGUGCAACUUCUUCUGCGGGCUGGGCGGGAGAGUACACUAAAACUACCGAUACUGCAACAUUUCGUUGUGAUCCAAAGCUGUGCUGUUGUGCGACAUCAGCCGUUGCGUCCGCCAGUGUUUCUGGUGUCACGCUAGCCAUCACGCCCACAGCCAACGCGACCGGAUGUCCAAACCAAGGCCAAAAUUUCAACGAAAACUGCGUUAUCCUAGGCGAUCUGUACAUGGCCUGUGGUGAUUUCGUCAAUUCCGGCAAUAUUGACAGUAGCUUUCUGAUAAAGAAAAAGGGCGAUAGCGACUCUACCAACUAUGUCUUUGAAAGCAAUGACGUUUGCAACGCAGUGUUUGAGUGCACGAGCAGCGGCUGCAUGAGCGGAAGAGACUUUGUCGGACAAUACCGAGUUGAUAGUACCGGUGGGGCCGCACAGAGUUUUAGCGCCAUGUCUAAGUUUGUGAUCACCGCGGGACUUUUUCUGUCUACUGUGUGGCUGCCCUACUAGCUAGAACACUUACUCAUGAACCUGGAGUCGCUGGUAGCAUGGUACCAGAUCAGUGCUUUGCAUUAGUCGUACGUGAUUUCGAUGUUAGUAGCAAUGAUACAUCGCUUGCGUUUGUUUGAAAUACUGUCACAUUUUACAAUAGGACAUAGCUGGAGCACUUACGGAUAUGUAGUCGAUAAAGCUGUUGCAGUGCAGAUUGAUAGAUUUGUCGUUAUCCGAGUUUCUCCCAGAAAUCCUAUACUAUAAUAA